AUGUAAAUUCGUGAUAGCGUGAGUAUUUCAGAGGGCUGGGGAGAGAGAGAGAGAUCUGAUCCAAUCGGAGACCUUCUUCAUCUUCACCGUCGAACACAGAAAAGAUGUCGUCAGCCUUCAGCGGCGAUGAAACGGCGCCCUUCUUCGGCUUCCUCGGCGCUGCUGCGGCCCUCGUCUUCUCCUGUAUGGGAGCUGCUUAUGGAACGGCGAAGAGUGGGGUGGGAGUUGCGUCGAUGGGAGUAAUGAGGCCUGAGUUGGUUAUGAAGUCGAUUGUGCCGGUGGUUAUGGCUGGAGUUUUGGGUAUUUAUGGGCUUAUUAUUGCUGUGAUUAUCAGCACGGGGAUUAACCCGAAGGCCAAAUCUUAUUACCUCUUCGAUGGCUACGCGCAUCUUUCCUCUGGGCUUGCUUGUGGCCUUGCUGGUCUAUCCGCUGGCAUGGCUAUUGGGAUCGUCGGCGAUGCUGGUGUUAGAGCCAAUGCACAGCAGCCUAAGCUUUUCGUUGGGAUGAUUCUUAUUCUAAUUUUCGCCGAAGCACUGGCUCUCUAUGGACUUAUUGUUGGCAUUAUUCUCUCUUCCCGAGCUGGUCAGUCGAGAGCUGAUUAAUUGGAUUCUUCAUGCGUGGACUGGAUUUUGUGUAGUAUGUCUCGUCUUUUUGUCAAGAAUUGGUUUUGUACUCUCGAGUAAAUGGGUUACUAUCAUUAAGCUUGCUUACUCUCUUAAUUGUUUUUGUGAGGUGUGAUUACUGUACCACACGGAUCUUGUAGUAGCUAUGUGGAUUGGGAAUUAAUUAUUCUUCUCAAUAAAGAUUAAACUUUAUUACCUUAA